AUGUCGACUCGAUCUACGCCCAUCAAUGAGGAAACAGCUUUUAACAGAUCUCUGAUCGAUCUGGAUCACGAGGCAAACUUAAACACGAGCAGUCCACGUGUUUCUAAAUAUCCAAUUCCGGAGCAAUCCAGAAAAAUGAUCACCCAUAAGUUCGCUAAUGGUCAUGCCAAGGAAGAACUAGUUUCGUUUGCAGCAAACUCUAGCAGAAUAUCCACGUAUGGCAAGAGAACUCUGGAGCUGGAUCUAUCACUACGCAGAAGCUUUAACUGGCAGUUUGUUGUUGCCGAUGUAGCCACAGCCAUUAUGGGAGCCGAUUUCCUAAGCAACUACAAUCUGUUGAUAGACUUGAAGGGCAGAAGAUUAAUUGAUUCGACCACAGGCCUUACCUCUGAUGGAAAGGUACUCAAGGCACAGCAAGUCAACAUCUCCACUGUCAACCCGGCAGAGUCUUUCAAGGAUUUACUGGCACAAUACAUUGCAGUAACAAAGCCGCAGGUAACCACCAAUAUUAAAUCAUGUCAUUUUUCGCAUAGGAUAACCACAACAGGUCCACCGGUAGCUGCCAGGUUCAGGAAGAUCUUCGGAGAAAAGACUGUUGCAGCUAGGCCCGAGAUACAAGAUCUCCUGAACAGGGGCAUUUUGAGGCCUUCCAACAGUCCAUAA